UUAUUUCCCUUCAAUUUCCAAAACACUAUCUCUUCGACUCUUCCUCCUUCUCCGCCGCUGCAGCCGCCUUAGCCAGUCGUUGGAGACGCUCUUUGUCUUGUUGUCGUUAUAGAAGAGAGAAAUUUUAUAAUGAGAGAUGGUUGGUUUAAGUAUAGUUUUGGAGGCACAAAAGGGUGGUGUUGAUGACAAAACCACACAAGUGAUCAGCAAAGCCACUGCGAUGAUCAAUAAAACUUCUUGUUUGCUUUCUUCAAGCUCUGUUUAUCCCCACUCAUCUAAUUUUCUUGAGCAUUGCUUUCUUUGUGGACAGAAACUCUUGCCUGGAAAAGACAUCUACAUGUAUAACAGAGGAGAUAUAGCUUUUUGUAGCGUGGAGUGCAGGUGUAGGCAGAUAUUUAUGGACGAGGAGGAGACCAUGAGGAAAGAGAACUGUUCACUUGCAGCCAUUAAACCAACUUCUGCAUCUUCCUCUUCUUCUUCAUCAUCAUCUCCUCAUGCUUCUCGUAACAAUAGAAGCACCAGAAACCGAGCAGGUGGUUUUGCAUAUUGAGAGAGAGACAGAGGGGGGGGGAGAAUUGAAACUGUUCUCUAGCUCUCUCUCUCUUUUUUUUUUUUAAUUUUGAAAUGACAUAGAAAUCCUCUGUGUCGUUUUCUGUUUUGCCCUAGUAUCUCUUUUGUAAUGACAAUGAUAUCCUCUAUAGUUUUAAGCUUCCUGGUAAUGGAAUGAAGCCAAAAAGGGCAAUCUGCGGUCAUAUUUCAGCCUCAAGUAUGCAAGGAAGCUGCCAAGGUUUGGUUUGUGAUGUAUUUGUUUAGAAACAGUGUUGAAGGAGUUUGCUUAAACUGGACUAAUUAGUUGGUUGAUUAUGCUUUUUUUCCAUAAAAAUAAUAGAAGGGUACUUGUCUA